AUGUCAGCAGCGAGCACCACCACGGGCAACGAGUCGCCCUUGGAGGAUGAGACCACCCGUCGCUCACAUGGUCUACUCGAGCGUCGCCAACAGCUUACAGAGGGUUUGAUCGACUCUCCCUACGACUUGAUUACAUAUCUCGAGCGUGCCGUUGUCCACUCCGAGUUGGGCUACCCCGACCUGGCUGCCGGCGACGCCUACAAAGCUCUUCUUUUAACCGACGACGUCCUCAUCGAGGGCUCCGAGUACCACGACCAAGCCAUCGAGGCUCUUGGAUCUCGCCCUCUGGACCCUUUGCCAAUUGUCCUUGACCAUGGAAUCUUGUCGAAGCUCGGAAGCGACUACCUUACCGAUGAGGCCAGGGACCAAACGGGCCUUGUCGCUCACGUGGCCAAGCUGUCUUCCGUUCGCGCCUUUCAGAUCCUUUCUCUCAGUCUUCUAUUGUGCGGGUGUCUAAAGAGCGCGCACGAAUUCUGCGGCCGAGGCCUGUCUAUCGCACCCGAGAACGAUGAACUACUCCAGACGAUGGGAUAUAUCAAGCACGUCGCAAGCCGGAGAUGUCGCAGUGAUGACUUUAAUCACAAUGUUCUUCCGGAAUGGGGGCUUGUUCGGAGGGAAGUCUAUCCCUGGAACACGUACGAGCCUGAUCGUUUUGCUCCCGAAUCCCUCGAAUUUCUAAACGCUGAAUUAUCAAAGUCCGCACCGAAAUGUGCGGUACAAGUGUCUGAGCUCCCUGUUCUCCUGGAAGCAGCCAGCGAAACGGACGACUACGAUAUCAUACCCACCUGCAAUCAGCUAGGCCUUUUCGCUACACAAGACAUUGCACCAGGAGAGGCCGUACUGGAGGAAUAUUCGCUCUUAACCGCCAACAACCGCCUCAAAGAACCAGUCUGCGACGCGUGCAGUGCGGAACUGCCACCGCUGGGCAGUGAGCCAGCCGCUGUCAACUGCGACGAAUGUUACGACACGGUUUUCUGUAGCCAACACUGUCAUGACAUGGCGCAAGAACUUUACCAUCCUGCUGUCUGCGAGAAGGAUGUUGACGCCAUCGCCAAGGACCCCGAAGCUUCGGAAGCCGAUGAGACACUGCACCUGCUGCUUCUUGCGCGUGUUUUAGCCAUGUCCAACCACCAGGAAAUACACCCGCUAGAUGUGACACAAAUCAAGUACAUCUGGGGUGAUUUCGUACCUUCGGCGUCGAACGACAUCGAGAUAUCACCUAGUGCGAAUCCGCCCCCAGAGUGGACAUUGCCCUUCUCAUUCAAAUAUAACAUCGAGACGCCCUUCCACAUCCUUGAAAAGAUGGAUGUCGACAUCUACAGCACUCUCCAAGAGCACGAUUUAUGGGUUCUAAAUACCCUCUACAGCAAGUUCCGCGGUACGGCGUCGGCCCGUAAGAACCCGCGGGAUGGUCGACCCGAUGUCGCGGCGGUACACCCUCUGUGGUGCUUGGCCAACCACGACUGUAACCCGAAUGUGACGUGGGAAUGGGGAGGACAGAUGGUUCUCUGGGCGCGGAAAACAAAGGUAGUGGGUGACGUCCCAGGAGGGCUUAAGGCCGGGGAAGAGGUCCUGAACCACUACUGCGACGUCACAAUGCCCGUCGACCAGCGUAGGGCGUGGGCAAAGGGAAGUCUCGGCGGGUGGUGUAUGUGUCAAAGAUGUCGAGACGAGGCUGCCGCUGCCGAAUCGCAGGCAUCCUAG